GUGCAAUUGUGUCUGCCAUUGAGUGGGACACUUCACUCAAUCACCGUGCAGCAAUCCCCUGUGAAAUAGGGUGCUCCUGGCAAGACAAAAAGACAUGGCUGAUUACGAACGUCGGAACCAUGGCCCUAGGGGAGGUGGGCGCAAGCGGCGUUAUAGAGAUGAUGACGAUUACGAUCGCCGCCAACGACGCAGAUAUGAAGAACCUCUAGUGGUCAAAGUUCGACGGCAGCUUCUCACAAUUGCUGAAUCGGCCGCUAGGAGGGCGGAAGAUGAUGCACUGAGCAUUGCGAAGAACGUGGCCGAGAACUACGAGGACGAGGAACUAAGGGAUAAUUUUAUUGAGGUUGCGCUUGACCUUGUCUUGGAGCAGCCGCUGAAAAUACCUUUCAUUGCUACUACCGUGCUUGUUGCUAAUACGAUAAAAUCGGACCUCGCCGCCGACGUCCUAAAACACGCAGUUGAGCGCUUCCAGCACAAUGUUGAUGCCGGUGCUUGGCGCGAAGUCAAGCUUCUUCUACGCUUUCUCGGAUGCUUACAAUGUAUAUUGGAGGGGGAUGGCGUCUUUGCGAUCUUGGAGGAACUUUUCUCCCGUGCUGUUGAUCUUCAAACCGCGUCUUCCGAAGAUCUAAUUGGAUUGGAGCUCGUGAAAAUCAUUCUAUACACGAUCCCGUACAUCAUGGCCUCCCCGGUCAGCGGGUUUGAAAGUCAGGCGCUGGGCCUACUAGAAAAGACUGAUAUCAUCGCAUCUACGCCGCAUACGCUUGUAGACUUGGCGAACCCCUUCGGACCUGAUAGUCAGAAAUCGGCGACUGUUCCCAGCGUUAUCAGCCUACUCCAAAGCCAGCUACAAGCCGAAGCGAGUCGAAAUUGGGAACUGGAGUGCCUGCCCCGGCCAUGGGCAAAUGUAAGAGAAGGCGAUGAAGAACCGAAGCGUCUUGAAGAAGGGCCGAAGCAUGUGUUACCUGAUAUCACGAUACCGAGCCCCGUACUAAAUGGAUCGAGGGCAAUCUUCCCAGAGGUUUUUCUGUCUGUCUAUGGAGAUCAGGAUAUUGAGACAGUUCCAUCAACGUCAAACAUUGCUUCUUCUCUGCUGAGAGACGCUCUUGUUGACACCAUUAACAUCAUGGACUUUAACCGCAUUGCAACGGCAAAGUUCCUGAUUGAUCUCGACUGUUAUUUUACACCCAGCAUCUUCGUGAAGCGUGCCACUCCAUUCGAUAAGUUGCGCGAUCUCCCUGAUGACCGGACAACGUGGAAACCGGAGGACGUGGCUGUAGAUGCUGUUUUCUCUCAGCUGUUUCAAUUGCCUUCACCCGAGCACAAACUUGUUUAUUACCAUUCUGUCCUCACAGAGUGCUGCAAGAUUGCACCGGCGGCCAUUGCGCCGAGCUUGGGUCGCGCGAUCCGAUUUCUCUAUCGCAGUCUCGACGUAAUUGACCUGGAACUUAGUCACCGGUUCUUGGAUUGGUUUGCGCAUCAUUUGAGUAAUUUUGGGUUUACUUGGAAGUGGAGUGAAUGGAUUGAGGACCUAGAGCUUCCCCUUGUACAUCCAAGGAUGGCGUUCAUCAAUGGCGCGCUAGAUAAAGAGAUUCGGCUGAGUUUUGCCCAGCGCAUUCGGGGAACCCUCCCAGAUCCUUAUCAAGACCUCAUCUCUGAAGGAAAAGAGAAGGACACCCCUGACUUCAAAUACGCAUCUGACACGACGCCCUAUGCAAAUGAAGGCAGAGAAAUCAUGCAGCUCAUUCGUAGAAAGGCCGCAGACGAUGAAAUUCAACCUCACAUCACUGCGAUCGAAGAGCGAGCAGCUGGUCUGGGAGUUGAGAUCCCCCUGUUACCCUCCACGGAUGCCUUCGUUACCUCCAUCUGCUUCGUAGGCGCAAAAUCCCUCUCUCACGUUCUGUCCUGCAUCGAGCGGAACAAGGAACGCCUCUUGGCGAUUGGACCAAGGUCACCUGGUGCGCGUCGCCAAAUUAUCACAUCAGUCAUGGAAUACUGGGUUGACCAACCCGGCAUUGGUAUCAACAUCAUCGACAAGCUGCUGAACUACACAAUCCUAACACCCCUUUCCGUCAUUGAAUGGGCGCUGGUCGACCACUUGGACGCAGGCACUAUUCUCGCAAAAACCCACAUCUUCGAAAUGAUCUCUGCUACUGUCGGCAAAGUCACCAACCGCCUUCGCCAGAUCGUCGCGGCUCGCAUCCAGCCAGGUCUCUAUGAGCCUCAGCUAAGUGUACUUGAUGAAACUCUUAACCGUGAGAAGAAGGAUAUGCACGCCCUUUUCCAGGUCAUUGAAGACUCCGUCGUUUCUGUGGCCGGAGGUAGCAACGACCAGCUCAUGGAACGUGGUGACGGCAGCGGCGAUUUGCCCGAGGACGAAAUCAUUCGUGAGUGGGGUAAACGCUGGCUUCGCGCGUUUCGUCGCAAGGCCGGCGUCGAGGAAGCCUUCAUUAGCCAGGCUAUGUCCAGCGCAACACCUGUCGGGACGAAAGCCCCGACCCCACCUCCGGCUGCUGCUGAUGGAAGUGUCCCUGGGGAUGGAGCGGGCGAUGGUGAUAUGGAUAUUGCCGAUGCGGAUGCGGAUAGGACGGCUGGUAUCUGAUCCUUGUCGCUUGUACCUUUUAUUCUGAAUUUAAAUAUGUAUAGCGGUAAUUGCAAACAAAUGCCUCUUGUAAGACUCUGAGCAAAAACAGAAAGUUAU